GGGAAAACAAACACCAAGAACCAUCGACGGGCGAACACCUCGGCUUCGGAAGGAAGCCCCAGACGUGCAAGAAUGGAGCGACCAGGGGGGGGGUCCUGAUCACCGCAAGCCCAGCCAGGCCCCUUCCUCGGAGCGAAGAAGGACAAGAAGAUCCAACGAGCGCCAGUUUCCUGUAUUGUACGGUGUAGCGAAAUAGUGGCAAAAGAAGGAGCGGCAACUGCGCGAAAGGGGAUGCACACGAAGGGCAACCAUGGAUGGGAUAUCGAAAAGUCGGUCUGUUCAUCCCGCCAACGCGUCCAUGCCCUUUUUUCCCACAGGGAACAUCCCAUUCUCCCAUCUCUUCCCAUUAGGUACCCAGGCAUUGCUCCAUCAUCUUCUUCACCACUCACUCACUCACUCCUCGACACUGCAGUAUGCGCCGUGCCCGCGUCUAUUUUGGGCGUCUAUCUUCCGCAAAUUACGACUCUGCAGAUGACCCUUUUCAGCAUACCACCGCUCCUCAUUACGUGCGGAUACUAUCAACCCUCUGCACGCCACGACCUACCGAGUUCAAUCCUGCAUUCUUGCUUCUUUCUUCUGCUCUCAAGUUUCAAAACGAGCCACUGGCGCCCCCCGGCAGAUCUUCCACCUGAAGAGGAAAAUGGGGCCCCCAAGAACCCUCAAAUAUCGUUAACCCAGACCCCUUCCCCUGGUCACAGUCUGUGUGACCGACCCUUUCUGCCCAGCAAAUCCGGGGCUGUUUGAGCUGCCCGGGCUCAUCUGCAAAAGGACGGCCGGCCGUUGAUACUUGCCCCAAGUCAGUGCCAGUUUUAAGCCUCGUUCGGAGUUCCCGUUUAAGGAUGAGCCUCAUCAGCUUAGGGC